UCUCCAGACCACAAGGCGCGCGAGCGUGUUGCCUUUAGGAUUUUCAUCUAUUAGAUUUGCUGGCUUACAUAUGUCGGGUAUCCAGUCCGCCAUGACACUGCUGCCUUCGCCAUGUCACACUCUUCCCCGGAACCCACAUUUUCGUCCAGCGAUCCCUUGAGACCCGAAUCUCAGUUCACCUAUCGCCAACUCCAACUUCUGCGACAAAGCUCCACGGCGACGCCUCUCCGCGUGAUCGCGCACGUGGAUCUCGAUGCAUUUUACGCCCAAUGCGAGAUGGUGCGGCUGGGCACGCCGCGCGACGUGCCCCUCGCCGUACAACAAUGGGACUCGCUGAUUGCCAUAAACUAUCCGGCCCGUUCCUUUGGGAUCACGAGAAUGAUCUCUGCCGGCGAAGCCAAGAAGCUCUGCCCGGAAGUUGUGCUACAGCAUGUCGCGACCUUCCGAGAGGGGGAGGGUGGCAAAUGGGCUUACCGUGACGAUGCCUUCAAGCGGGUGAGCACGGAUAAAGUUUGCUUGGAUCCAUACCGGGCGGAGUCUCGCAAGAUCCUCAGGGUCAUGAAGGAGGAACUGUCCCGCUGGCAUGCGAAGGUAUGCAGCGAGGGCAUUGCGGGCGCGAACGUGCAGCAACCUGGUCUUGAAAAAGCCAGCGUCGACGAGGUCUUCAUGGACCUGUCGCCGAUCGUGUAUGGCGUCCUGCUGGAACGGUACCCAGAAUUGCGCGCCGGGUCACGUUUAGACGAUCGAGUUGCGCGGCUGCCCACUCCGCCCACGACUGCACUGGCAUGGCAUGCCGAAGAUUGCUUGGUCGAUCUCGACGAGAACGAGACGGAAGUGGACGACCCGGACUGGGACGACAUUGCCAUCCUGAUCGGGUCGGAGGUUGUCCGCUCGGUUCGCCAGGCUGUUUGGGACACUCUCGGUUAUACCUGUUCCGGUGGAGUUGCAAGGAACAAGAUGAUGGCCAAGCUUGGAAGCGCCUGCAACAAGCCCAACAAGCAGACGAUCAUCCGGAAUCGUGCGGUGCAGAACUUUUUGGGUGGCUUCAAAUUCACCAAGAUCAGAAUGCUUGGAGGCAAACUCGGGGACCAGGUCACUGCUAUGUUUGGAACAGAGCAGGUGAGUGAUCUGUUGAAUAUCCCCUUGGAACAACUUCGAGCCAAGCUGGAUGAUGAUACCGCCGCUUGGCUGUACGGCAUCAUUCGAGGAGACGAUCGCAGUGAGGUCAACUCCCGAACGCAGAUCAAGUCAAUGCUUUCGGCAAAAUCCUUUCGACCGAGCAUCAACAGUAUCGACCAAGCGGAGAAGUGGCUGCGUAUUUUUGCAGCGGACAUUUACGGUCGCUUGGUGGAAGAUGGCGUGUUGGAAAACAAGCGGCGCCCGAAGACAGUCGCCUUGCAUCACAGACAAGGCGCUCAGGUCCGCUCACGGCAGAUCCCGAUUCCCGGCUCGUCGCCAAUCGACGAGGAGCUGCUGUACAGCCUUGGUUCGACACUGCUUCGACAGGUCAUCGUUGACGGCCGUGCCUGGCCUUGUGCAAACCUCUCUCUGAGCGUCGGCGGGUUUGAAGAUGGAGUGUCGAAGAACAAAGCGAUCGACUCGUUUCUUCUCCGGGGGGAGCAGGCGAAGUCUGCACAGAAUACUCGACUUCUGUCGGGUGACGAUGCAGUGGAUGUUCAACAACCUCAUGAGAAGCGUUUUAAAACUGAGCCGGACGGAAUCCGGCGGUUCUUCGCUAAACCUCCGGGGUUUGCUGCGUCGCCUACGGCGGCUGAGACAAGCCCAGGCGAGGCAUUACCAAGCACAGAGGUUGAACCGCGUGGCUUAGACGCACCGGCAGAGGAUAAUGCGCGGCAGUCUCUAGAUGCGGUAUUUUUUUCUUGCAGCCGCUGCGGCAAGUCACUACCCGAGCACGAGAGGGCCGAGCAUGACGACUGGCACUUUGCCAGAGACCUGGUGGACCAAGAGAAUCAGACCGGCCGCAGCUCUCCUCAGACUCCGGCAGCAUCAUCCACUGGGACAAUUCAGACACGUAGCCGGGGUGGUCGUAGUGGUCGGGGUAAGCCUGAGAGGGGACAAACCCGACUGAAUUUUGGGUAGAAUCGCAUUCCGGCUUGCGAAAGCUUCAGGCAUAACAGACUUGGGAGCCAGUAGCUAAAACCAGCCUAAGCAGUAGGGCUGGUGGAAAAUCUUGAGUCGAUUCUCUCUCUCUGACCAGCACGGGACCUGGACAGAUUGGCUAGCCAUGCUGGCCAUCCAACCAUCUUCAAACCACUAUCCUGGCAAGCAGCUGGAUGCGACGUAAGGACAGUGUGGACGUCGCAUGGGCUUGGGCUAUCACCCUUGCAACUGCGAUGCCAUUGACGGAAUGACAUCUGAAUCCAUAAUAAUCAACUUCGCAAGUUUGAAGAAUCGGCGCUUUACCGAACCAUUUUCCAGGAUCAUCGAUUACACAUGAAGGAUUGAAUUGGCAAGUCUGGCUCUAGGAAAAUCUGAACGUAUCUUAAUCUUGCUUGAACACAAUUGAACUUUCAUA